GAUAAAACAUUUUGAUAAUUGUGUAUCCACACCUGCAUAAGGUGUGUGGCGUGGGACAGUGCAAUGGAAGCUUCUGAGAUGGAAGGCCGCACCUUUAUGCAGGCGAUCAGUGAGAAGUACAGCCCGGAGAACUUUCCUUGCCGUCGGGGUCCAGGCCUGGGAGUCGUGGUUGUGCCAUCUGGACCACAGGGAUCACCUAUGAAAGACCGUCUGAACCUGCCCAGUGUUCUGGUUUUGAAUGGCAGUGGAAUCAGUCAUGCAGGAGAGGAGGGAGAGAUCGCUGCCUUCUGUGCUCAUGUUGUGGAACUUGAUCUGUCCCACAACAAGCUCCAAGACUGGUGUGAGAUCAGCAAGAUUGUUUCUAACAUCCCGAACCUGGCGUUUUUGAACCUCAGCUCUAAUCAGCUAAAUGAUGCAGUCUUAGAUCCAGGCUGCGCUAAGGCCUUUUCUGGCAUCCGCCGCUUCGUUCUUAACAAUACCCAAGUGUCCUGGGACACGGUGCACACUUUCACACGAGAAAUGCCUGAGCUUGAGGAGCUGUUCCUGUGCCUUAAUGAGUACACCACUGUGACACCGGCUGCCAUGCCCUGCCCCACACUGCGUCUGCUCCAUAUCACAGACAACAACCUCCAUGAGUGGAAUGAAGUACGAAAAUUUGGCUCCAUGUUCCCUGCACUGGACACUUUGGUCAUGGCCAACAACAACUUGAGCUCCAUUCAUGACUCGAGAGAAAUCCUUCAGCGGCUCUUCCCUAACCUACGAAGCAUCAAUCUGCACAACUCAGGACUUAAGCAAUGGGAGGACAUUGAGAAGCUAAACUUUCUGCCCAAACUGGAGGAGGUGAGGUUGCAAGGCAUUCCUCUACUUCAGGCUUACACGAGCAUGGAGCGUCGCAGUCUAAUGAUAGCCCAGCUGCCGUCAGUGACCAACCUGAAUGGGAGUGUUGUUACGGAUGGCGAGAGAGAGGACGCUGAGAGAUUCUUCAUCCGUUAUCACUUGGAUUAUUCAGAGGAGGAGCUCCCUCACAGAUAUCACUGUUUGGUGACCAAAUAUGGGAAACUGGCUCCUCUGGCUGAGAUCGACCUGCGACCGCGUUGCCACGCCAAGGUGGAGGUGCGCUAUGAAGACAAAGUGGAGCAGGUGAGCAUCCGUUUGGACCAGACUGUCGCAGAGCUGAAGAAGCAGCUGAAGACUGUGGUGCAGCUCCCCACCAGCAAAAUGCGCCUUUACUACAUCGACAAGGGCACUGCCUUCGGCCCCGAUGAGUUGAAGUACAGCGCACUGGCCUUGCACUCCUACAGCAUUCAAGACGGGGAUGAGAUCCUGGUAGUUCCCAAAAAAAAAUAAGUCUUUCACCAAGAUCACGGAAUGCUAUAUUUAAAUAACCAAAUCUGCUUUGAACUAGCGCUAUCUAAGCUCCACAGAGUGAUUGGGACUGUCUUUUAGGGGAAAACUCCUAGGACUGGCUGGGGCUUCAGUUGUACUCAAGCGGCACUUCAUGUGUCAUGUCACUACGCGGUCAUUAGAAACACCCUGACUGGUGUGCACCUCUGGCUUUGUUGCUGUUAUUAAAGGUUGCGUUUUUGUCUUUAGCCUUCACGAGCACCCCUGUAUUUUCAAAGGCCCGUUUAUUUUUAAAUAAAGCACGGCUAAGGGCUCUGGCAGCCCAGGAUGUGCUUUUUACAGAUCUUAAGACAAUCACCCAUAGCUGAAAGAAGACGUAGCACUGCACUGUUGAUCAUGAAUAACCAUUGCGUGCUGAUGUGUGUCGUAUGCUGUGUCAUCCAGUAAUUACACGCAAAAGACUCUCAGGCCUUAUAUGCUGUAUAUGGGCAAUGCUUGAUUCACAUUAGGAAAUAUUUGCGAAACAUCUUAUUCACAAAUAUUUUUAUAUAUUCAGUUCAUUUGAGCCUUUUUACAAUCUGAUUGAUUUAAGAAGAGAAUUGCGAAGCCGCAUGCCUGUACAAUUUAAUUGUGGUAUUUAUUUUGUUCCUUUUUGAUAUGUCUAAUCUCUAUUAGUACUUUCUCGGUUGGUUUGGAAGUGGGCGCUUAAAUUUGUACCUCCAAGACAAAGCAUACGCUGGGAAAAGUGCUUGUUCUUAUUUCACUAAUGUCCAUAUUAUGGAGUGUGUUGAUUUUGACUUUAUUUUCAGAAUAAAUAGAUCUGUAAAGUGACAGAAAGUCAACACAGUCCACCAAAGAUUGUUAACAGUAUUAUUAUGUGCUGUAUUUAUUGUGAUUUGACUGAUUGGUGUUAUUUAUUAAAGACCGAACAAAUCAGUAGUAAACCAAUCAUGGUUUAAGACUGUAUCCGGCCAGUAUAAAAUAACCAGGAAUUUGGGCUCCUGUGUUAAAUUAAAGGCAUAGUUCCCUCAAAAAUGAAACUUCUUUAAACAUUUACUAAUGACGUUUCAAACCUGUAUGACUUUCUUUCUUCUGCGGAACAUAAAAGAAAAUAUUUUGAGAAGUCAAUGGUAAAUCAAAACUGUUUGGUUACCAACAUUCUUCAAAGUAUCUCCUUUUGUGUUCCUGCACAAGAAAGAAAGUCAUACAGGUUUGGGACGACAUGAUGGAGUGUAAAUGAUGACAGAAUUUUCAUUUCUUUGUGAUCUAUUCCUUUAAUUAUACUGCAGCUUGACUAAAAUGUGUGUUGAAAUGUGCAAAGCAAGACUGUUUCCGAUGCCGAAAGUAGUAUUCUGAGAUACAGUAUGAAACCAGCAAAUUAUUUAUUUAUACCUGGUACUUUGAUCAAAUCGGUGCAUGGACCAAUUUAUUUGCUUGUCAAACUUAAUUCAACAAAAUCCCCCAUCUUUAGCAACUAAAACUGGCAUAAAACGUAGUUUGUUGCAAUUUUAAUUCACAUAUAACAUGAUAGCAUGACUCGAAGGAUGGACUGAAUGGAAAAGCACUGAGAUCAUUUCGGCGUAACUGUCAGUGUCCUGUGUUACACUGACACUUAUUGCCAAUUGUUAGGUAGUAGAUUACAUUUUCUAUUAUGUACCGAUAUAUAAAAGUGUAUAAAAAGAUGUUUGAGAAUGCUGAAGGCUUUUUCUCAUUAAACAUUUCAGGUUUUAGACAUACAUAUUACGUACACUCGUCAUUAAGAUGUGAUCUUUAUCAUUUUAUAAUCAAAAAGAGUCAGUCAGAGAUUUAAUAGAGACUUAUAUGUGUAUAACUUAUACUGAAGUGGAACGUAUAAUAUUAAAAUCAGAUCCCUUAUAGUUGUAGAAGUAAGGGUUAUUGUUUGAUCGGGGGAUGAAAGAUGUUGAAGAUUAUAUAUAUAAAUGAAGGUUCUACAAUGCCUUUAACACUCUUAAUGCCUUUACCUGUGGCCCCCUAAUUAAACAUUAAAGCAGAAUGAAGCACUGUCUUUCUCCAGAGAAUUCCCUUUUAGAAUAUCAAUAUUUGAUGUUCUGUGGCCACACAGGACAUGCUAUUGAUAUUAGUGUUUCUCUUUUGCAUAAUUAUUUUAUGUUAUUUUUCUAUAUGUAUCCAUUAUUAAUAUUCCAGUUUUACUACCAUGAAGGUAAUGCCACUUGAACUGUGACUGACGCGUAUGAAGUGUGAAGAUGAAAAUUGUUAAAUUUACCACUGAAGACGAUGUUUACCAAGUGAAAUUUACAGCAUUUACUUUUCAAUCUGUGACAGUACACUAUUCUUUUUCUAUUUGUACUUUUUACAUUUAUUUUCCUCUCUUUGUUUGGGUGUUUUGUGCUGAGUGUAGUUUAAAAAAUGUGUCUCUCUCAAUUUGCAUUAACUGUUGUACAUUAGCAGUUCUUAAUCUUCUGUUUAAGUUAAUUUGUUAGGGGUGCGUAAAAGGCUGUUAAGCGUCAAAGGGAUGUGAAUUCCAGCAAGUCAUUUAUCUAAUGGAUGCAUUAGGCCUGUUAUUGUAAUGAAGACUUAUAUACUUCGAGUUGAGUUGCACACAGUCACACCAUUAAUGCAUUAUUAUUCUGUAUCAGAUGUGAGUGUUUUAUUCCAUUGAUUUACCAACAUAUGUGCACACUAAUGUAUCUGUAUGUUUGAGAGUUGAAUGGCUUAAAGGAUUAGGGAAAAUAAACUUUUACUGGCGGUCA